AUGCCGCGGGAUAUCAGAUCUUACUUUACGCCGAUCGCGACUUCUCACAAGAAGAACAGCGAGCCCGGUGCUCCAAAGCCCCAGAAGCGACGCGUCAUUUCAUCGGACGAAGAUGAGGAGAAGCCCAAGUUAUCUGUAAAACGCUCCAAGGUUGUACGAAAGACAAAGAAAGCUUCUAUUCUGUCUGACUCCGAGGACGAAGCAUUUGUGAAAGAUGAUGAGAAAGAUUCUAAACAAUUUAAAGCAAGUAAGAAAAAUGAGAGUGAAAAACCACGAAAGGCAAUACCUUCCAAUGAAUUAUUUGGGAAGAAACCAAUAACAAGAGUAGAAGAGACAACAGUAAACCGAAAAUUACAGAAACUGGAAUCCGAGUUUCAUGAUGAUGAAGAUUUUGAUGCUGUGCUUAAACAAUUGGAUAGAUUUCAAGAUGCCAAGGUGGUACACAGUAAGGAAAAGGAUAAUAGUGUCAAAAAUACAGAUACUCUUAACAAGUCUGAGGCUGCAGUUAAGACAGAGGUGGAUACUAAUAAAAGAAAACAUGAUACUUGUUUGAAAGAUUCUAAUAAUAAAACUAAUACGAAUACAUUAAAAAUUGAGGUGGAAAAAUCUAGUAAAAAUGGACAUUCAAAAAUUGUCACAAGUUCUCCUUCAAAAUUACAAAAAGAGAAGAAAAAUAGCUCUAAUGAUGACUUGGAUAUAAGCAACAAAUACGAUAAGAGUUCUAAACGAUUAAAUUUUGACAAUUCAAGAAAUAAUUCAGCAUCUACUUCAGAAGAAGACAAAGAUACAGGAAAAUCACCAAGUAGAAAGAAAGCCAAAACAGUAGAUUUGUUCGAAGAAAGAAUAGAAAAGAAGAAACAGCGUGCUAUAAUGUACGAAAAAUAUCUUCAACGAGGCGGCGCCAGAAAUCCUGGUUCAAAAGAGAUUCCUACAGGUGCCACAAAUUGUUUAGCCGGAAUAAGUUUCUUAAUUACCGGUGUCUUAGAUUCCUUAGAAAGGAACGAAGCUGAGGACUUAAUACGGAAAUACAGUGGCCGGACUGUAAAUACUGUAUCAAGCAAAGUAAAUUAUGUUAUAGUAGGAGAUGAGGCUGGCCCAGCUAAAUUAACAAAAGCCAAUAGUUUAGGCAUCAAACAAAUAUCCGAAGAUGAUCUCCUAGAAAUGAUUCGCACAAGACCAGAAGGUAAAGCUAAAGAUAUUAAGCCAAUUGUGACGAAAACGAAAUCCAACGUGAUAAAAACAUUUAGUGAACCUGAGAGCGUUAAAUUACCAUCACUGAACAAAGAAUUGUUAGUUUCACCUAAGAAGAUAAAAACGUCACAAUCUUCACCGGUGAAAACAGAAACGUCGUCACCAGUAUCAAAACAGGCUUUAGAUACAAGUAAUACAGAACAGAUAAUUACAAGCAUUGGAUCAGAACCGUUAGUUGAAAAGUACAGACCCAAAACUAUGAAACAGAUUGUAGGUCAGCAAGGAGAUAAAAGCUGUGCACACAAUUUGUACAUAUGGUUACGUGAUUGGCAUAAAAAUCGUCAGGAUCCCAAAGUCAAAAAUGGCACUGCCAAGCAAACUCACGGACAAAGUUUCAAGGCUGCCUUACUGUCCGGUCCACCGGGCGUUGGCAAAACAACAACUGUGCAAGUUGUUUGUAAAGAAUUGGGAUACGACCUUCUAGAAUUCAAUGCUUCUGACACGAGAAACAAGACGCUUCUGAAAGAAGCAAUCUCAGGAUUAUUAUCUAAUACUACGAUGAAAGAUUAUGUCACAGGUACUAAACAAAAAAUUACGAGCAAGCAUGUGCUAUUAAUGGAUGAGGUCGAUGGUAUGGCUGGCAAUGAAGAUCGCGGUGGCUUACAGGAAUUAGUUGGUUUAAUAAAACACACGGAAGUGCCAAUUAUCUGUAUAUGUAAUGAUCGAUUUAACACAAAAGUGAAAACGAUUUCUACGCACAGCUACGACCUGAAGUAUUCGAAACUCAGAGUGGAACAGAUCAGGAGUUCUAUGAAAUCAUUGUGUUUUAAAGAGAACAUUAAGAUCUCGACAGAGGAUCUCGAUCGUUUAAUUGAGUCGACGAAUCACGACAUUCGUCAAGUAAUAAAUCAUCUGGAGUUUCUUAGCAGUCAAACGUCGCAUGUGGAGACGACUGAUAAAAAGAAUUCAAAUAAGGACUUUAAACUCGGUCCAUUUGAUGUCACAAAAAAGGCAUUCAAUGCAGAGGAACAAAAAAAUAUGAAUCUGAAUGAUAAGAUUGGUUUAUAUUUCAAUGAUUAUAAUAUAGCGCCUCUUUUUAUACAAGAAAAUUAUCUGGGAGUCAGAUUAUUUCAAAUGUCACCUCGUCAGAGAUUAGAAAGAAUUGCUAAUGCAGCUGACAGUAUAUCCCAGGGAGAUCUCAUCGAGAAGUUAAUGAGAAGCAAUAUGAUGUGGAGUCUACUCCCGAUACAUGCUUGUUUUUCGUUCGUUAUACCAGCUAGCGAAAUGUCGGGAAGCUCUGAACCAUUGAUACGAUUCCCGAGCUGGUUUGGUCGAAAUUCGAAGGCAACGAGAUUUAACCGAUUAAUGCAAGAGCUAACGACACAUACACGACUAGCUACAGGUGCAAGCAAGGAUGCCUUGAAUAUGGAUUAUUUGCCCCAUAUUCGAAAUGCCAUUAUAAAACCUCUGAUAGAUAAUGGGACGGAUGGUAUAGAAGCAGCGAUAAAUAUUAUGGGAAAAUAUCAUUUAACCAGGGAAGAUUUGGAUUCAGCAAUAGAAAUUUCUCUUUGGCCAGGAAUUCAUGAUCCUACGAGUAAUCUUGAUAGUAAGGUGAAAGCAGCGUUUACGCGUGCUUAUCAAAAGAAUCCUCCUCCAUUGCCAUAUGCAAUUAACAGCACUGCUACAGCAAAGAAAAAAUCUACACAGAACAACGAUUUUAUGGAAGAAGAAGAAGAAGAAGAUAAUGAGGAUGAAACUGAUGAUAUUGAUUCCGAUAAGAUGAUCAAGGCAAAGAAAUCUAGUACUAGCAAAGCAACUGCUAGCACUAGUAAAACUGCAUCGAAAAAAGGUGGCGAACCUGUCAAGAAACGCGGAAGAGGACGCGGUAAAACAAAAUAGGAGAUAAAAUAUUACAAUAUUAAAAGAUGGAAUGCAUAUUUUAUUUAAAACAAAACUCGAAACAAAAUCCGUUACGAACAUUUGUUCAUUAUUCGAAAUGGUCAGAACGCAUUUAUUUGAUCAUGGAAUAAUUUCAUACAUUAGAUUUAUUGCACUACAAAACGCAGUAUUUUGUGUGAUGUUCAUCUCAAAAUAUAUUUCCUAUUUUUAUUUAUUAAUGGAGAAUUUUAUUCCAAAAGUUCAUCAAUAGCUCUAGCUCAUAAGCUCUCCUCUCGUUUGUACACAUUCUAAAAUGACAAAAAAGCAAUUAAAAUGAUAUAUUUCAGUUGCUGCAUAAAAACGUUUGAUGUAAAUUAUAUACAUAAUAUAUAAAAUAUGAACAAUAAAGCUGCUUAAUGAAAUAUUUUAUAUCUA